AUUAAUUUUUUUUAAUGUCGAAGAAUCUAUUGAUUAUUGUAGUCUUGCUUCUCUCAAUAAAGAGCAUUGCAGCUGAAGAAAUUGAUUUAAGUUUAAUCCGUGUACCUAAUUGUACUUAAAAUUAUAUCCUCUUUAGAUAUUACAUAAGAGAGCGACAUUUAAUUGUAUAAAAUUAGAAAACAAAAGCUAGAAUUUUAAAAAUCCAAAUAUAUGAAAAUGAAUAAAGAAGAGAGGAAAAAAGUAGAAUAACAAAGCUUAGCAUUUUAAAAAUGGGAAAACGACUUAAAAAGGAAAUAUUUACAUCAAAAAAGAUAAGAGGAUUUAUGAGUAAUAUAAAU